UGACAGAGGGGGCGGGGCUUGUGUUGGCUCCUCUGAUGCGAUGCAGCUGCAGGAGGAGAGAGGAGCUGCUGUCUGAGGAGCAGGAGGAGAAGAAGAAGGAGGAGGUGAAGAGGAGGAGAAGUUAGUCGUUUGCGCCAAGUUUAAGAACAAAAACAGAACAAUGUUCCUCAGUGUCUGACUCCUCGAGCCUCAUUAGAACUGUUCCAGGUGCAGAACCAGUCUGGACUCUGGUUCUGCAUGACUUUAUGUUCAUUCUAAAGGUGAUUAAAGCUGAUGAAGAUGAUGAAGAUGUUCUCCUGGUUGCUAUGUUGGACUCUUUGUCUCGUCGGGCUGGUGGAGACCUCCUCCUCACCUGGAGACGCUCCGGCGGAGUUUGGAGGCGAGUCCGGCUCCGGAAGUCUGCAGACAGAUGAGCUGAACGUCCUGCAGCAGCUCUCCCUGCAGCUGUCAGACAGCAGCAACGCCUCAGUGACUGUAGACGACAGCAGCUGUCUGGUCCUCCAGGUGGGACAGUAUUCAACCCUGGCUCUUCCUCUGCAACAUCUCCUCACUGACAGGUUUCCAGAUGAGUUCAGUUUGCUGGUGCAGCUGCAGAGUUCUCAGAGAGAAGAACGCAGCGUCUUCACGGUGCUGAGCCCCGACAGCCACGUCACGCUGCAGCUCAGGAUCAGCUCCUCCGCCAUCAUCUUCAUAGGAACUCAGCAGAGACACUACGAGUUCCCGUUCAGCGGUCUGUCUGAUGGGAGGUGGCAUCAUGUGGCGGUCAGCGUGUCCUCCAGGCGGUUGGCGCUCUACGUGGACUGUUCCCUGCUGGAGAGCGUGGACUGGGUCCACCACGGGACGGGGGUCGGGGAGGACGGGCUGCUCAUGGUGGGAGGCAUCAUAGAGGGCUUCGAGACGCCGUUUGAGGGUCGUCUCCGCCAGCUGAGCUUCCUGAUGGGCGACCCGGACGGCGCCCAGCACCACUGCAGCCUCCACCCGCCCCGCUGUGGAGAGACCGCCCCCAAGCCCCCCCGCUCGCCACGCACCAACUACGCCCUGGAGAAUAUUCUGCUGUCCUCAAACGACCUGGAGGACCUGUUGGGGGACCCCGAGGACGAGUCCUUCCUGAGCUCCGCCAGGACUGUGAGUAGAUCUUUGGGCUCCUGCUGUGUGUUUUAA